AUGGAUAAAAAACAGAAAAUUGAAUUUUUGUCAAAAUCGGAACAGUGUUAUGAAGAGGAAUUAAACGGGGAAAAUGACCCGAAAGGGUCUAAAAGACAUUUUAAAGCAUUUGACGAAAGGCGUCGAGCUUUGAAAGCAGUCAACGGAGACACUGUUCACACCAGUGCUAACACUGGUCAAAUUAUGUUUAUUGAUCUGCUCACUCCUCAAUCUUCUCCAAUUUAUGAUUUCGAUUCUAAUAAAAUGAGAUCCCAUGAGAAUUUGAUAAACUUCGAAAAUACUUUAUCUAGACCGGAGCCAGAGCCAACAACUUCCGGUGUCAGCGGCAACAACAACACUAGCGUUCAAUUGCCGGAUUAUUCAGAAGACGACGACGACGAUUUAAUUAUCUACAAAAAAACUAUUUCAAACCUUCAUCACGAUUUCCUUUUGAGUUGCCGCUUCAGAGUUGAACAUGGAAUGAAUUUCACGAAUAACGAUUCCGAAAAAAGACAAUUUCAUCACAAUGAAUAUCAGCAAACACGCACGACUAUUAGGAAAACAAUUGAGUGGACAGCCUCUCUUGUUCGCGAUGCUAACAUGUGCCGAAAUGUCCUCAACAGAAACUCUAAAGAAACGCCUCUGUUCAAAAAUCAACAUUUCCUUAGAGCAGUGCUAUAUAAUCAUCCGAAUUUCCAGUCAUUUUCCGAAAAACUAUUUCCAUUCAUGGCAUUACCAAAAGAUCAUCAUUGA